AAGAAUGGGAAAGAAUUCCACCUGAGAAGCUUCAAAAAUGUGUCUCCUCAGUUCCCAAACGUUUACUGAGUGUUGUUAAAAGGAAAGGCCAUGUAACACAGUGGUGAACAUGCCCUUUCCCAACUACUUUGGCACGUGUUGCAGCCAUGAAAUUCUAAAUUAAUUAUUAUUUGCAAAAAAAAAAAAAAAAAGUUUAUGAGUUUGAACAUCAAAUAUCUUGUCUUUAUAGUGCAUUCAAUUGAAUAUGGGUUGAAAAGGAUUUGCAAAUCAUUGUAUUCCGUUUAUAUUUACAUCUAACCCAAUUUCCCAACUCAUAUGGAAACGGAGUUUGUAUAUUGAAAACCUAAAAUCCAACUUGCAUGUCACGAAAUGUUGCUUUUUUUUUUUUUUUUUUAAAGAGGGCAUUUUUUAUGGACAACAUUGGUUUAUUUUUAUUUUUUUUAGUCUCGGUUAUGGCACAGUUUAAGCACUGGUAAAAGUAAUACUUUUUCACCGAUAUUGGAUAAAAUGUAAACAACACACAACUAUUAUGUAUGAGAAGUUUUCUGUGCGAAAUAUUGUUGUGUUUGACAUUUAGGGUUCCACUGUCAAUGUAUCAUGUAUGCAUGGUCAUUUUUCACAUCGCAAAGUUAUUCCCAAUGUCCACUGGUAGCCUCAGAGUUUGUCCAUCGCAUCACAUGCAUCUCCAUCUGAGGCUAAAAUGUCUUGUGAACCGAUGUAAUUCCAGUUCCAUCCAUGUCUCACCCACCUGUCCCAAUUCCCUUGUUUGAGGAGAUAAAGUAGAGCCUGUCAGUGCUCUCUCUGCGGAGGAGCGGCAGCAGGAGGAUGAGGAGGAAGUUGCCGGUUGCCAGGAGGAAGUGACAUGUGAGCACCCGGGCUCUCUGCUCUUAGAGCAGACAGAUUUGGUAACAGAACCGCAGGCUUUAGGCUGCGAGCAAGUCCAAACGCCUGAGGGACUCAAUGGAGGAAGUCCUCACAGGGAGCAAAGUCCAUCACAAGAAGUCCAAUCAGAAGAAAGUGUCCGACUGGAGAUAACAGAGGCCGUGGAGGGAAAGGGAGCCAUCUUUGCGAUUAAAUCCAAUUCAAACGUUGGUGCUGAAUUAAAGACCACAGGUGAUACUUGUACUAAGUCGGGAUCAAAAACCUACUUUGAGUUGGUCACAGCAUCAGACAUGGCGAUAAGCGAAGGAGAAGAUCAGCACGGCAUUGCAACAAGGGAAGUAAAAGGACAGAGAUCAAGAGCCUUUUCCGAAAGCUGGUCCCCAGUCACCAAAGGCUCAGAGAAAUGUUCCCCCGUGUUGCCUACAUCUGAUUUCAUCAUAACCUUACCUGAGAAAGACACCUACCAUGAACGACCUUCUGAUCCACACACUUCUGAGCAAUCAAGCCCCUAUUGUGAUACUUUGGACCUAGCAGGCGACCUUGCUCGCACCUCCCGGCAGAUUGAUGUCAUAAGACGAAAGUCAAUGCCCGCCAAUGUUCUCUGUAGCUCUUUGGCCAAUCUCACCCUUGGAGAGCAGACUUCAAACCUGUUGGGUGAUGAAAGACAGCUGCAGGACCUGGGUUACUCUGGACCCAUGCCUUCCCCUGCUGACAAGCCAAGUCCAGAAGACUCCUCCUACUCUUGUUUUCCUGCGAUAGAGGUCCAAGUGGACAAUCUUGGAGCUACUGAAGGUGAAGGUAGUCAUAGAGUGUUUAACCAUGGACUAGCCCAAAAAGCGCCUGUACGGGUGAUACUUGAAAGGGCUGUGAACACUGGAAUUAAACCGGAUCGCCUAAGAAUCCCAAAGACCACUCCAAAAGACAGACUGACCGAAUUUCGUUUGGAUGAUAUGAAAAUCCAACCAAUUCCCGAAGUAGACGUUGAAAGAGACUCCUCAAGAGAGGCCUCUCCUGUCCCGCCCGAUAGUUCCUUCAUAUUUACAUCUGUAGACACUGACAGUCAGGUUCCCUUGACUCUCAUCUCACCCAAAAGCCUGGGCAAUGCCUCCGAAGGAACACCAUUGUCUGGAGAGAAGACAAAGGUGUCAGCUGAGCCUGAUGGGAUUAAUACCCGACCAAGAGAAAAACCUGAGCAGGAAAACAAGGGCAAAAAAAUGCCAGGUGAUCACGGGACUACUGCAAGAUCAGAAACAAGAGAAAAGGAAGAGAUCCCCAAAGCCCUAAAGCCCUCAGAUGGGAAGAGUACAUUCUACUUACAGGAAGACUCUCCUAAGCCACAAUUACCCUCUCUAAGUAUAAUUAUACCUCAAACACAAGUGGAAGAGGAGGAUGAUGCUGAGAUUGCUGAAGAGCCACAAGAGAUAAAAGAUGAUGCUGGAAUAAAUCUGCUCCCCAAAGAGGAUCAGGCUGAACCCGAGAUGCUUGAAUUGGAAAACCACAGCGUUGAGACUUGCAACCCCUCUGUGUGCUCUGAUGACCCAUCACUGCCACAGCAGCAAACGGGUAACGUGAAGGGGAUGUUUGGUUCGGAUGUUGAAGAGGAGAAGAAGACAAGUAUGGAGAACAACAGAUCUAACAGAAUAAGUCAGAAGUUGGAAGUCAGCAGUCAAGCUGUUCAUGAAAAAGAAGCUGCGGACGUCUCACGCGGUAGUUGGAUUUGUUCAAAAGGUACUGAGAAUAAAUAUCUUGUGACAUAAAGUGGAACCUCUAACGUGGAACAAAAUCCGUUUGGAGAGACUGGAUGUUUUUGAUUCCAAUACAGAAGUUAAUGGAAAUAUAAAUAGUCUGAUCCAGUUGUUAUUUAAAAAGCUUUAAUACAAUUUGUUCAGGCAAUUUUCUAAACAUCCAAAUUAUUAUCUGUAUUGAAUAUCUUCGCGGGCAUAUACAGUCGUACCUCGAGAUACAAGUUUAACUUUUUUGUGACGCAGCUUGUACCUGGAAAAACUAGUAUCGCGAAACAGCAUUGCCCAUUGAAAUUAAUUGAAAUAGUUUCAUCUGUGCUUGGCCCCCCAAAACAGCACAUGCCUUUUAAAUAUUGGAUAAAACAAUAUAUAAUAAACAACUGAAGUAGUUUUAUGGAGUACAGUACAGCAUUUGCCUUGGAGAGCAGACUUCUACAGUAUCUCCUUCAAGCUGCUUAUCCGUCAAACACACUAUCAACAGCGUCUUCAUAUUUUCAUAGAUAAAUGUUCGCUGUUUAGAUACUAUUUUACCGGCCUUGGAUGGCGUUUUAUUCUUUCUGCUUCAGUAUGGUGCAGACUAUCAGUGAUACGCUCCAAUUGCUUCACCAAGUUGGCAAGACUUUCUUUAAUUCAAUGAAUGUCAUCCACUUCUUCUCAGCACUGUCCUUCACACUCAUUCGUUCCCAGGGUUGGAAAAACAUAGUUAUGUCCAUAUCUAGCUUUAAGUUACACUAGAUUUUUGUUGUGAUCGGGGUACACUGUGGCAUUUGCUACACCAACUAGUGGUGGGGAGGCUCAUAACCCAAAUUUUUGCUCGGAACCUAAAGCGUAAUAUAUAGCCGAGAGACGACUCGCACCCAAAAAAAACCUAGUAAGCUGGGGCACUCUUAUCUCGAGGUACCACUGUACAAUGUUUGAAAUGUAGUCAACCCCUGUUGAAAGUCAGUAUGAGAUGGUAGAAAUACUUUGCUUUUACGUAGUACAGAUCUACUUCAGUUUUCGUAGACCAUUUUGGAUGAAAACCAAUGCAAAAAUGUGGCAAAUUAUAAAUGACAAAAGAAAUGAAUAAAUUAACAUUCAACAUCACUUUUACUUUUAUCGAAUACUUUUUGGUAAAGACUGCCAGAGCCAGGCACACGCCACCUUCAUACCUUCCUCAAUAGUGUUUCUUACCUUUUUUUAAUCAAAGUGCUGGGACUCGCAACUAGGGAUGAUGUUUGAUAAGAAAUUAUCGAGUUCGAGCCCAUUAUCGAAUCCUCUUAUCGAACCGAUUCCUUAUUGAUUGUCUUAUCGAAUCCAGAUAGGUAAUGUUGUAUAUGGAAAAAACACAAUAUUUGGUUUAACAAAAGCUCACUUUUGUUUUAUAAGAAAAAUGUAAAAUAAAAUGAAUAAAUAUUGACUGUUACCCCCCUAAAAAAAAAAAAAUAAAUAAAAAAUAUUGACUGUUACCCAAAGUAUAUUAAGUGGGAUUUUUCAGAAAAAUAAAUAUAUACAGUAACACAAAAACAACCUGUCUCUGUGAUCACUAUAGGUGUAUAAAUAAUAAUAUAGUGUUAAAUAAAAUCAGUCCCUUGGGCACAAAACUGAAAAUAAUACAGCUCUCCAAAAAGUGCACUUCUGCUGCUAUCGGAACAUACUAACUACACACACUAUGACACUAAGAACACCACAGUCAUCAAUCAAUUCUUCUUCCAAAAAAUUAUUUCGAUGGUGGAAAUACACGACUGGCAGCCAUUUUAAGUCCUCAAAACAUCCAUUGAAACAGUGCACAAAAAUCGUUUUUCAAUAAACAUCUUAGUAUCAAAUUUAACCACUUUCCACCUUAAUAUUGAGUUACAUAAACAGGUUAAAACAGUUUACUUACAGACUUAUCUUUUCCAAGGCUCGUAAGAGCUAACACGACUUGUCUACUUCUCAAUUGUCUCAUGAACUGAACUGACGUCGCCAACCCGGAAGUGCCCAAACUAAUGACGCGUAGUAUUUUCAUAUCGCCACAAGGUGUCAGUAAGGGUCUACAAUCAAAUGGGCAUAACAUUGGAAAUGCCCUGUGGGACGGGAUUCGAAUAAAGAACCAACUCUUUUUCUUUACUAUAGUGGCCUCGAUAACAGGAACCGGUUCUCAAAAAGGGUUUCGAGUCCAUGGAAUCGGUUCUUUUCUUAUCGAACAACCGGGAGAACCGGUUUCGAACAUCAUCCCUACUUGCAACUUUCUUUGGACCCAUGGUCGCUUAUUUCGCAGUCUUACUCAAUUAAACAUAAACAGAGAGUGAGUCACCAGCAAAUGGGAUUAUUUGUUUGUGUGGAGGGAUACGCAGGCGUACGCACUAGUCUUAUUAUAUGCAAUAUUUAUAAGUCAUAACAGGAUUGUCAUCAACAUUUUUGAUGACAAUUCAAAAACUCAAAUGUAAAGAUUUAUUUUGUUGCAUUCCGAAUUGACCAACCUCAUCCAGGGUGUUCAACUUGAGAGGUUCCACUGCUCCUUGAAUAUUAACACUUGAUCAUAAUCUAGCAUUGUGGCGCAUUGGCUCCUCUUUUGACGCCUCUCUGCUUCAGAUAAUGACAAAACUAUCAUGACAAAGCAAAUCGCCGCACUUCCCCCGACCCGCAGUACCACCCGGGGUGUGCCCAGGGGGGACUCGUCCGCUAAACAGGCCCCUGGCAGAGGAAGUAAAGUAUCACGGAAAGUUCCCAACUUUCAUCCGAAAGAGGAGAUGAAGAAGAAAAAAGGUUACAAUUCAUUUGUUGUAAUGCUCUGUGUUUGUGUCAAUGACACCACGGCAGCCGCGUUGCAGUGUUGUGGUUAAUCCUGUCUCUCCUCUCUGCUAGUAGGUGUCAUGCGGAGGGCGGACCAUCAUAAGGUCUCCGCCCUCCAGAGUCGAAAAGGCGUAGCCAAAGCGGUGGCCAAACGCCCUCGGCCCGCUCCGCUUCACGCCCCUGCUAGACGCAAAGCCACAGGUGAACACUUGUCACCGGGAUUUCUGCACCAUGGAUCGAGAGAGUGCCAGUAAAUAGCAGUGGGAUUGAUUGAAAGGAGACGACAUUGUGUAGUUAAACAAUGGCUUAAAAACUGGCCAUAGGGUUAUUGAUGACUGCUCUCUAUCUAUUGGUGACUAAGCAGGUGCACUGUGGCUGGCAAACAUCAUGUGCUGCAAAUCCUUCUUUCUUCUGCUUCAUAUUUUAGCUGUUUUGCACUUAGUUUUCUGGUUCACAGUAAUGUUCCGGUUUUGCUCUUUUUUUUUUUUUUUUUUCUUCCGGCUAUUUGACUUGUUUUGCUGUUGUGUGAAGAGACUGACCACAAUGUUGACCUGGGUAUGGAUGCAGCAUUUCAUCUGAGCUGCUGAGUUUUGAACACCCUGCAUUCCCAAAUUGCUCCCCCUGUUGCCUCAUAUUGGCCAUUACAGCAAGUCUGUUGUGUCUCUGCAGGCGUUGAAAGCUCCCAGCCUUUAAGUGUCCACCAGUCCAGGGAGAGACCAACUGUAAGUGCCUGCUUUUUUUCUCUCUGUAUAUUGCAUGAAAACAUUUUUUUUUGCAUGGGUCUCUUUCAUUCUGUGUUGCAUGCCAGCCUCUGUCUUUGCAUCUGUCUCGUCAGAGAAACUCUGUAAGUAUAGAUAUCAUAUAUAUAAAAGUGGAUAUCCUUCUUCUUUAAUCUUCUUUAUAGUAGUACCUCAAUUUACGAUCUUAAUUGGUUCUGUCACGGAGCUCUUAACUUAAAACUAGGGAUGUCCGAUAAUCAUACUUGCCACCCUCCCGGAUUUUCCGGGAGACUCCCGAAAUUCAGCGCCUCUCCCGAAAACCUCCCGGGACAAAUUUUCUCCCGAAAAUCUCCCGAAAUUCAGGCGGAAGCUGGAAGCCACGCCCCCUCCAGCUCCAUGCGGACCUGAGUGACGUGUCAACAGCCUGUAUUCACGUCCGCUUUCCCACAAUAUAAACAGCGUGCCUGCCCAAACACGUUAUAACUGUAGAAUGAUCGAGGGCGAGUUCUUGGUUUUUUAUGUGGGUUUAUUGUUAGGCAGUUUCAUUAACGUCCUCCCAGCGCGGUAACAACACACAACAACAGCAGUCAUGUUUUAUUCUACCGUAAAGCAGUUUGUCUGCCGUAAACAGCAAUGUUGUUGUAAUAUAUUGAGUUGGAGGCAAUAACCAGGCGAGGUGAUGAAGUACGUCUCUUUACUGUAGACUUCAGAACAGACUCACACACUUGACGUCAGGUGCGCAACACCGCGUAAAUCGUUGGCCAACUAAAAAGUAACCCCAGUACGCUAUAGCCAACAUUCACCAGGAGAUGGCAACAGACAAACAUAGAUCACUCUUUUACAUUCCUCCCCUUUUAGAAAUGUAGAAGUUACUCAAAAUAAAUAAACAACCCAACCAAAAAAUGCAGCAGCUCAAUUAAAAAACUGUACUUAAGCCACAUUCUUUUUUCUUUUUUUUUAGUACUGAACUCUUAACCCUCAUUUGUAAACAAUAACAUGCUUAUUAUACAAAACAGUAUUUGUACAUCUUUAACACAGAUUUUUAUACCGUCUUCAGAGAUUCAGUUUUUUUGGUUGUACUCGAAACCUUUCUGGGUACCUGCGAAAGGGUGUUCAGCAUGGUUAGAAAAAUAGUGACAGAGAAUAGAACAAGGAUGGACAAUUCAACCCUUAACUCAACAAUGAGUAGAUGAGUGUUAUGUGUGUGUAUAUGUGUAAAUAA